AAUUCACUGCUCCCUGCCCGUCGAACCAGCCGAGCAAGCCAACGCAAACCCAGCGAGCCGCGGCACCUCGUCGCGCGCGCCUUGCCUGUCCGCUUCUUCGUCCGAUCGUCCGCCGGUCCGAGCCGAGCCCCCCGAAGUAUGGCGGAGCCCGCGGCGGCGGGGAGGAAGACGCGGGUGGGGCCGUACGAGGUCGGCAAGACCAUCGGGGAGGGCAGCUUCGCCAAGGUGAAGCACGCCCACGACUCCCGCACGGGCGCCGUCCGCGCUAUCAAGGUGCUCGACCGCAGCCACGUUCUCCGCCACAAGAUGGUCGAGCAGAUCAAACGGGAGAUUUCGACUUUGAAGCUAAUCAAACAUCCCAACGUGGUUCAGCUGCAUGAGGUUAUGGCGAGUAGGACGAAGAUAUACAUGGUUCUUGAAUUUGUUGAUGGAGGCGAGUUAUUCGAUAAGAUCGUCAAUUCUGGAAGGCUAGGAGAGGAUGAAGCUAGGAUAUACUUUCAUCAACUUAUAAAUGCGGUUGAUUAUUGUCAUAGCCGAGGAGUGUACCAUAGAGAUCUGAAGCCAGAGAAUCUACUUCUGGACUCACAUGGAACCCUUAAAGUUUCAGACUUUGGCCUAAGUGCAUUUGCACCACAAACAAAAGAGGAUGGGCUUCUGCAUACUGCCUGUGGAACUCCAAACUAUGUAGCGCCUGAGGUGCUCGCUGAUAAAGGCUAUGAUGGUAUGGCUGCAGAUGUAUGGUCCUGUGGCAUAAUCUUGUUUGUUCUUAUGGCCGGAUACUUACCCUUCGAUGAUGCCAAUCUGAUGAGACUGUACAAACUGAUCUGCCAUGCAACUUUUUCUUGCCCACCAUGGUUUUCUUCUGGAGCAAGGAAGUUUAUUAAGCGCAUUCUCGAUCCUAACCCUGAUACCAGGAUAAAAAUUGCAGAAAUUUUGGAAGAUGAAUGGUUCAAAAAAGGCUAUAAACCACCACAUUUUGAACAAGGCGAAGAUGUUAACCUUGACGACGUUGAUGCUGCAUUCAAUGAUUCAGAGGACCGUCUUGUAGCAGAGAAAAGAGAAAAGCCAGAAUCAAUGAAUGCAUUUGCUCUUAUUUCGAGGUCACAGGGCUUCAACCUUGGAAAUUUGUUUGAGAAGGAGAUGAUGGGAAUGGUAAAGAGGGAAACAUCUUUCACGUCUCAAUGUACAGCACAGGAGAUCAUGUCAAAAAUAGAGGAUGCAUGUGGGCCACUUGGUUUCAACGUGCGGAAACAAAAUUACAAGAUGAAAUUGAAAGGUGACAAAUCCGGAAGAAAAGGCCACUUAUCUGUUGCAACUGAGGUUUUUGAGGUUGCUCCUUCACUUCACAUGGUUGAGCUUCGUAAAACCGGAGGAGACACAUUGGAAUUCCACAAUUUCUACAAGAAUUUCUCAUCAGAGCUGAAAGAUAUCGUGUGGAAAGCUGAAUCUGAUGCAAGUAUGAAACAGACGAAGUGACACCCAGGGAAUCUGUGUAACUUAUGAUGUCACAUUGUGAGAUAGACCACCACCUCGGGUGAUACCGCUUGUUUGGUACUGUAUGUUUUUUUUACUGGUACCACAUUGGCAAUCAAUCUCGUGUACAGAGCUCCUUCUGAAUGAGCGCAGCUGUACACGAGACAUGAAGAGGCCCUCCCUGAGAUGCUCCAAACGUUGCAAUGGAACUAAAAAUUUGUAU